AUGCGAGGCAUGUAUGUGACGAGAGGAUUCAAGAAAGAUUUAAAUGAAUGGGCAGUGCGACUUGUCGACGGUGAAGACAAUGUGUUGCCAUUUGAAGGAAGAGUCCAGGUCUUUCUUAACGGAUCCUGGGGAAAUAUCUGCUUAUACAAUUGGGAUCUCCGUGAUACUGAGGUAGCCUGCCGCAGUCUGGGCUUCAGCGGCUCAUAUCUGGCGAGCAAUGUUGACAGCUAUAAGCGAACACUAACACACGUUCUAUUUGAUGUCCGAUUUCGUCUGACUGGUAGCCAUUAUCCUUGGGAGGGUAUCGUAGAGGUGUUCUACCAUGGCUCUUGGAGAUCAGUAUGUGAUGAUCGCUGGGACAUCAGCAGCGGACAUGUUGUCUGCAGAUACCUGGGAAUAGUUCGUCUGGUCGGAGGAAGGAAUAGCAGUGAAGGGAGAGUAGAGGUUUUCGCAAAGUCAACCUGGGGAACAACCUGUGGGAAAGACUGGACCCUCAACAAUGCACACGUCAUUUGCAAAAGUUUAGGAUUCGCUGGUGCAUUGAAGGUAUUUGCUAAACCUGAAUUCGGAUAUGACGAAGUCAUCUAUCUGACUGAUGGAACCAGCAUCUUGGAUGGCGUAGUCGUGUACUACUACAACGGCCAGCAGAGAUCUGUCUGUAGUUACUCUUGGGACAUGAACGAUGCUGACGUUGCCUGCAGAAGUCUGGGAUUGGGACGUGCGCAAAGCAUUACUACAUCUCAUAUUUCAGAUGGCAGUCAUGUUGAGGUCACGCUCGAUCGUGUAGAGUGCACGGGGAAUGAAUCUCGAUUAUUCAACUGUCCUGGGGUAGGAGUUGGAUCUCAUGAGAACUGCAAUACGUCCGAGGUUUCUCGAGUCACAUGUUCUGGAGGUAUGUACAUGAUUUACGAGCUUAUCCGCCCACACUAA